AUGGCAUCCGUGCCUCCACCGGGUUCCCAACCACAACCACCGUCAACCCAGAAUGAUCCCGCCGCUAGUCCAUUGACCCCGUUAUCUUGGGAGGGCGAAAAGAUGUUCAACAUCUACAUCUAUGAUUAUUGCUUCAAACGAGGUUUCCGGAAGACAGCUCGUGAACUCCUCCUAGAAGCAGACAUCCCACCAGACUCUGCUCCCCCGAUCAAUGCUCGACAGGGUUUAUUGUUUGAAUGGUGGAGUGUAUUUUGGGUCCUCUUCCAAGCAAAAUCGACCAACGGGGGCACAGAGGAUGCAGUGCUGUACACCCAGCAUCAACAACAGCAGCAGCUGCAACGGAAUCCGAGAAUAAUGGGUGGACCACAAGCGCCUAUGGCCCCUGGCCAGGUUCCUGGCCACCCCCAGCAACGCCCUAUGCCAGGGCAGCCCAUGGCCCCUCAGAUGAUAAACGGGAUGGCUCCGAAUCAUUCUGGACAACCCCAACUCCCACCAGGAGCUUCGCCUAUGAUGUUCUCUAUGGGAGGGGCCCCAGGUCCCCAGGUCAACGGCGUUCCCGGUUCCCACCCUCCGACGCCAGGAAGUGUUCCUCCUCAAGGCCAACCUCAACCACCCCAAGGCGGCCCUCAGCAAGCAAAUUUUAACAUGCUACAGCGACCUUUGAACGGCCCACAUCCUCAACAACAGCCACCCCCGAAUAGCGGGCCCCAGCAACCACAACAGAGGCCUAUGGGGGCUCCGAACUCCAACAUGCCUUUCCAGUCUCCGACGAUGGCGGCACAUUCCCCCAAUGCCGGACCUGGUAUGCAGCAAGGCCCGCAAGGUCCCCAACCUGGCGUUCCUCAACAAGCACCAAUGGGCAACUUGGGUGGACCUUCUCCACUGAUGGCGCCAAUGAACCGCACCGGGAUGGCGCCACCCAAUGGCGCCCCUCAGCCCCCGAACAUGAUGAUGGGAGGCCCUCAACAAGGUGGCCCGAUGCCUCAGGGCGGAACACCAACGCCACAGUUCCAGCAGAUGACCGGACGACCUCCAAGUCGAGCGAACACCCCUCAGAUGCAGAAUAUGAUGCAGCAGAGUCCAUCCAUGGUCAACCGUCAAAUCCCUUCGGAUGCGAGUGUUAACGCAGAUUUCGAAAGACUAUCGCCGCAACUUCUAGCGCAGCUGAAACUAGAACUAGGGAUGCAGGAUAAAGAUUCGCCUCAUAUGUCACUCCAAGACAAGCGAAGGAUCCUCCACCAUAACCAACAGCGCGCUCGACACGCAAACGCUGUUGCCGGACCAUCCAACCCUAACAUGCCCCCUAAUGCUCAACAACGAGGUGCUCAACAGCCGCAACAACAAAGGGGAGGCAAACGUAACAGUACAUCCCCCGGCGAAGAGCACGAGAACCUACCCAAAACCGAUUCAUCUCCGCCAGACCGCAAGCGGCCGCGUCGUUCUCCACAAGAGACAACGAUCCCCAAGCCUGGGACGUAUCCUCAUCCACCACAGCAAGGACCGGCGCUACCCCAACAGCAGCAGAUGCCAGGACAGCCUCAAAGUGGUCCGCAACAGACACCGCCACCUCAGAACAUGCAGAUGAUGAAUCGACCGAUGGCCCCGCAAGGAGGGCCGAUGCCAGGCCAGAUGAUGAAUGGCAACAUACCUCCCCCUGCGAUGAGUAUGCAAGGACAGCAUGGAAUGAACCCGCAGAAUCAGAUGGGUCCCCCUCAGCUUGGAGGUGGUAUGAUGAUGCCGAACCAGAUGGGACAAAAUUAUCGAGUCCCGCUACAUCAAGUGCACAAUGCUCCAGGUCUCAUGCAGCCUCCAAGCGCCGGUUCACCUGCAGGGCCCGAUCCUGCCUUCAAUCUCAAUCAAGGCCAACCAGGGCCACAGUUUGGCAACCGUGUUGCAGGUCCCAAGCCACCACAGCAAGGAGGAAUGCCACCACCGGGAGGCCCGGGUGGUAACAUGAUGCCUCCGCCGUCCCCGGCUAACGCUGGAAAAGACGCGCAAGGCAAGGACAUGAAGACCAAUGCCGAUGGAUCUCCACAAAGUCAGCAGGGUGGUCCUUCUGGACAGUCGGGUCCCGGCCCGCAGCAGCAGCAACAACAACAGCAACAGCAACAACAACCUAAUCCGCCACCUCAAAUCCCUCCCCCUGGUACUCCUUCGAACCAGCCUCAACAACCUCCGCAGCAAGGAAAUGCUGGACCUCCACCUCCUUCCCAGACCCCCGUGGGCGGACCUGUCUCGUCUCCGGGUAACAUGAUGGGUGGGCCACCUCCAAAUCCGAUGGGCGGACUUGCGCCUCCUUUGAACGGUUUGGGUGAUUCCAUGAACAUGUUUUCGGACACGUUCAACAUGGACUUCGAUCAUUCCUUCGACACCAACACGCUGGACUUCGAGCGCGACUUUGGCCAGUGGUUUAACCCUGAUGAGAUGUCACUAGGGACGGACGCCAUCUCGUCCAUACACCCGGCUUCCCCACCCCACAUCGACACGGCCCUCGAGCCGAAUACCCGUCCCGUUCUCAACGCCUAUCUGGAUUUGGGAUCCCCUCCUCCCCCGCUAUCCACCUCUUGUUUGGUCUAUUGUAGUCUAUCCUAG